AUGGAUUCGACGAAUAGACGAUGGUACCAUGAAGAUAUGGACAAUACUAAGCCAAAACUUCCCAAGCUACCGCCCCUAAUUACCACUCAGUCUCACGGGGAAGGAUUUCGUAAAGAGAAAGUCUCAAUAGGCUGGCCUCAAAUGUCACCAUCACCCAUCACACCAAUAAGUACACCUACUAGCCAGGUACGAUCGCCUCCACGAUCUCAUCCUGAACCACCUGCUCGGAGGCCGCCUCCUCCCCCAUUACCGUCUAAUGUGAACGCCAGAGGGCUAUCAACACCAACAACCUUCAGGUCACCAAACCAAUUUAAUAGCGUGAGUAGCCCAUCCUCGACUAAUUCAAGAAAUUACGCAUCAUACAGAUCACCUUUCGUCGGUGAAGAUGACCUACGGUAUGAGGUAUCGAGCGCAUCUGUUGCCAAUAACACAAGUGUUUACAAAUCACCAUUUAUAGGAGAUGCGAGCAACACUAUAAUAAAGGAUAUACGGCAUGAUUCUUCUUCUUCCAAUUUUCGCCCAGAGUCAGCAAGUACGCUGAUGAGCAACAGCUUCGCAUCAGAAUUGGGUAAUGAUAGUUUACCUAGCAUCACCUAUGUUAACAAUGAGCCAAUUGACGAUAUGACUAGAACCAUGAAGGCACUGCCUGCUUUACCUGCUCGAAAAAAUAUUAAUGUGUUGACUAAUUCACAGGCUCAUUAUGAAUCUUCAUCUCCCCUCACAGACAAGUUUUUAAGGGAAAGUGCUAAUGAAAGCGAUUUCUACAAGCCGCCUCCGCCAUUAUCGGCUAGCUUACGCACGCCCAGUGAUGGGCGAACGAUAUCUGGUAGUGUGAGUAGCUAUUACUCGAACUCGAAUUAUGCGUUCAACGAUGAAAGUGCUAGACAAAGUAGUUUUAACUCAAUUGUUGGCGGGAAGCCGCUACAACAAGUUCCCAGUAUCACGGCUCCAACACAACCAUUUAGCAUCGAUUUUUUGGACGAAAAUAAACUCUAUCAGUGCUAUAGAGUGUCGUUACUUUCGGAUAUCUAUGAAUGGCUCCUAAAGGUUUAUUUCGAGUGGUUCAAUGAAUAUGUAUUUCCGAAAAUAUCAUUUUUUCAGAUGGUGCAGUUGUUGUUAGAGUUUCAGCUACCGACAUCUUGUGAUCAAGAUGUUGUAGACUCUAAUGUUGAUAAGAUUAUUGAUUCCUUAGUGUCUCAAGGUGCAGUUCGGUUCCAGGCCGAUACAGAAAAAAACUCAAACGAUGAAAUGACAUUUAUAGUCGCAGGACUGAAUGUACAAGGCGUAUUCACUGAAUUACUAGAUUGCUAUUCUUAUGAGGGAAAACAGCUAGCUGAAGCGCAAGAUAAUGGUUGUUACUGUCCUAGAUGUCCUGCAAAAUUUAUGAAGGAAAUUCGGCCCAAUCUUAAAUUGUCAGAAAUAAUAAAUAAAUCUGUCGGGGUGUGGACCGACUACUGGAAAUUAACUGCGGAUGAGCUUUCUGAGAUAAGUCCUCGUGAAGUUAAAAGGCAGAGUUUUAUCUUUGACCUUAUUUUAUUAGAAGAGCGAUCUCUGAACCUAGCGAAUGCAGCAACAGAAAUAUAUGGGAAAAAGUUUCACGCCUCUUUGUUACCUCAAGAUCCAAACUUCUCACAGUUGGCAUUUGACCCAUUUGUGCCGUUGAUAGAAUUGCAUAAAGAAUACCUUUUGAGCCCAAUAUUUGGGAAGUUGAAGACCAGGGGAAAAUUCAUUGAUGGUGUCGGUAAAAUAUAUCUCAAGUGGUGUAAUGAAGCCCGAGAAGCUUACCUACACUAUGCAGAAUCUAUGGCCACAGUCCAUGAGAUCAUCAACUGGGAAAAGAUGCAUAAUACGAAGUUUGCUCAAUGGCUCAAGGAAAUUGAUAACUCUCCAGAAAUAACAAGAUCCAAACUUUAUCAUGAUGUUAUAUUCUUUGGUGGGUUUUUCAAAUCUCUUCAAAACAUGCCGGUGACUCUAAACUCGAUAUUAAAGUGCACUGAUCAAUCGAUGGAAGAUUACGAGUAUCUCAAAAUGGCAAUAAGUGAUAUCGAAAACCUCAACGCAGUUGUUGAUCAAGUGCAUGGAAUUGCAGUGGACCAGCGUAAAGUUGUACGAUUCUCUAGACAGCUGAUCGUUGGAAAUCGUAGCAACAGCAGUACUAUCAGUUAUGUUAAUAUAAACGAGGAUGGGAAAGGUGCAAGCGUCUCGGGCCAAGAUAAGCUUGAUUUAAAAUUAAAUGAGAAGUCGAGAAGGUUACUUAAAAGUGGAACUGUUUUCAAGAAGCGAGAGUUGUGGUUGGAAGGAUCCCCAUUGUUCAUUGUUUUACUUGAUAACUAUUUCCUUAUCACGGAAACUGUGAAUAAAGGUAAUGAAAAAAAAUAUAAACUUUCAGAGCGGCCAAUUCCAAUAGACUACCUGAGUUUGGAGACUAAAGAAAAGGAAUUUAACGCAUCACAGCUCACAACCUAUAACCUAAACGAUCUCGAAGGAUCAUCAUAUGUUAAUGAUACUAAACCUAAUGAGUCUCUGACCACGCCCGUUAGUAUGGUAAAACCUCAUUUGGUGCAUGCGGCUAAUUCGAUGCCAUUUAUUUCAAAAGGGUUACAUCAUAGCACGACGGCUUACACCCUCGAUGAAACAAGCGAAAACUGGGAUAGCACAGCUUCUUUCAAAGUAAGGAACACAGCCACAAACGAGUCUUUUACAUUUUUAACAGCUACUUUAGAUGAAAGAGAUAGCUGGGUAGCAGCUAUAGUAAUGUGUUUCAGGAAACAUAACUCUAACGAUUUACAUGUCUUUGGCCUUAAAUGCUUGACAGACAUGUUCAGCUACGAUGAAAAUCAGGCCCCUACAAACUUACCCGUUGCUCCUGAAGGAUCGGUUAUUGAUAUUGCCUUGAAGAAAUAUUAUACUGCGUAUCCAGGAUUGCAGGCCCCAUUGAAUGCGGAUGUCAGUUGUAGUGUCAAGUUUUCAUACGAAGGAAAAGCUUUCAUUCUUUGUGGAGUUAAUCAUGGAAUCUACAUGACUAUAUCUGACAAUCUCACCAGCUGGAAACGAAUACUGACAUUAAGUAAAGUGACGAGAAUGCAAAUAAACACCAAGCUGGGUCUUUUAUUUGUCCUAGCCGAUAGGAAGCUAUGCUAUUUUAACUUACCAAGCGUGUUGUGUGCGUACUAUAAUUCAUCCGAAUAUUUAGUUAACAAUCAAUUGAUUGGCAUUCUUCUGAAUGAAAAGAUUACGUUCUUCAAAGUGGCAGAUGAUUUCGGAAAUUCAAGGCAUCUAUUUUACGAAAGGAAGGGAAAAAUCACUAUCCUGACACCAGAAUUCGAUCGAUUGUCAAAAACUUUCAAGUUCUUCAAGAUUUACAAGGAAUUCAAGCUUCCUAGCAGUAGCGGAAUAGCGUCGUUAGAUGUGAAAGAUAUAAUUAUCUUCAAGAAGAGUUUUAUUGUAUGUUCUUCGAAGGGUUCCUUGUUGUUCAAUGAAUCUUUCAAUGAUGAUGGGAUGAUCUUACCCAGUUUUCUAAAUGACAGCUCAUUUACGGGACGUCAUCAUCAUUUCACUCAUUAUCCCUUUAAAUCAACUAUGGAGACCUCAUCAAAGAAAAACUCUUCGAAGCAAAAAAUGGCCGAAUACGUGAAAAUUGAUCUCGUUAACAACAAGACAGCCCCCAUAUGCUGUUUUCAAAUUAGCAGUGAUGAUUUUAUCAUAGUGUAUGAUGAAGCUGUCAUAAAAAUCAAUCGACAAGGUGAAAUUCCCGAUUGGAAAACAGACAUUCUUGUUUUGGAUUUUUACUGCACAGGUGCUACCUUGAAUAACGAGUUCUUGAUACUGGUUGGUGAUAAUCUAAUUCAAAUCUACGAUUUUAACUAUUUGGGCAACAUCGUGAACAAUAAACUCAGCAAAUUGGCGCCGAUUCAAAUUAUUAAAGGUAAAAAAGUAAAACUCAUCAACUCACAGAUCAACGAAGAUGCAGUGAUCGUGUUAAGUCACCCCAAUAUCGCAGGGAGGCAACUAGUGUUGGAGUUUUAUCAGGAUAAAUAA